AUGAACUGGGCAACGAUUGCUCCCGAGACCCGCCUCUACAAGGGAAAAGCACUAUUCAGGUGGGAAGUGUCUCCAGGCCUUGAACACCACUGUGGCAUCUGUGCUACGCCUUUGCACAAUGGACGUGCCAAGACAAGUUGCAUAGGGAAGCAUGUUGAGCCUUGCUAUAGGUUCCACCAGCAAUUACAUUUCGUUGGCAAAUCGCACGAAUGUUUUGGCUGCAACUCCUCCGAUGAGCUGCACCAUAGCCGCCACAAGGAAAUUCUCAAGAUUGUACGACAAAUCGCAGCCCUAGACGAGCCUAAUACUGUCUUUCCGCCUGCCAAAGCGUCCAGUUCAAGAGGGAGACGUGGAUCUUCAGCGACAAACUCCAACAGCACCUUAACAGAUACGGGUUCGGAGUGUCCAAGCGUAGAUGAUACAAGAGUUACCAGACGGGAAAAGAAGAAAGCCAAGAAAUCGGGGAAUGGUAGAAGAGAUAGGAAGUCAUUCGAAGCGUUUCCCCUAGACGAAACCGACUUCAUCAGUGAAGCGAUACACCUAACCGUACAUGAGAGCAAGGGAGCUUGGGAGGGCACCUAUGUCUACGACUACAGUGGCACUGCUGUUGACGAAAGCCCAGUCAUCGAGGAAAAUGAUGCCGAGUACGAUGAGGAGAGCAUGGUGGCUCGUUUCGAAUCUUUCGCGGUCAAGUCUCCUGCCACGCCAUUGAGGGAUAUGACACCUCGGCAACGAAAGAUUGUCAAGAGGACGAGUACUCCAGUAAAGUAUGCUAGCCAUGGUCUCGGAUCCCGAAAGUACUCCACCCAGUUCGCCGCCGCCGCGACAGACGCCUAUGAUGGUGUCGACCCUGAGAUUUUCUUCCGUCUCGGCAUCGAAGUUGUUAGUCCUCCCAAGAAUUCCAGAACACGGAAGGAUUUGGUUGCCAAACUCGUUGCUGCGGUCAAGGAAGAUAUAGAGAUCAUAACCAGAGAAGAUAAAGAGACCGAAAUGAGGGCCGAGGGAUUCUGGAGGUGGGCCGGUAGAAACGCAUACAACACCAUACUUCAAACAAGAGAGAAUCUGGAUUGGGCAACGGGCCAAAAGAAGGGUAUUCGCCUUCCGCAGUUUGAGCACUUCGAUGAUGAGGACAUGGAAGAAGAUGAUCAAGCGCCGGGCGGACAAGCUGAGAAGGAAAAGCCUAAGCCAAACUUGGACAAAGCGAUAGCAGAGACUGUCCUCAAGGCUAAGAUAGUUGACGAAGAUGGUUUCACAAUUGCAUCAAGCAAGAAAGGGUCCACCAAGAAGGUUCAAGGCAAUUCGAAGAAGUUCACCAAGCUCCCACUCAAUUACAAGCUUGCCAAUCACUCUCUGGAAAUCGAUGAGGAAGAGGAAGGAGAAGAUGUUGUUGAGAUGCUUCGACGGUAUGAGCAAAAGAAGUGUGGAGAACGCAAUCUUGGAGGUAUCUACGAUGGAUCUACCCCUGAUCGUCGCCCUGGACGUGGCAAGGCGCGGACCCUUAUAAUCAAGUAA